AUGGUAUCUUCUACCUUGAACGAAAAUUCCACUUCAAAACAUUUAAAUAUUGGUGUUGAUAUUACCGAAAAAAAACCACGACAUACUCCAAAUAACGCCGUAGAACCAUUAAUUGUUACUUCGGCUGUAGUAAAUCUCACGGUAGAAGAAAAAAAUUCCAUAAACAUCAUUGAAAAUAAAAAUAUCAGUGAAGGAGGUGUUAAUGGAAUCAAAGUCAAUAAUACUAGUAAUAAUAAAAGUCCUAGGAGAAAUCGAUCCGAUCCUUCCUUUACAGAAAAUCGGCAACUCUCGUCUGAAGAAAAAAAGUCUGUUAGUUUUCCCGCCAAUAUAAAGAAACCGCUUAGCACAGGGAAACCUAAAAGAUCGAUGUCAGCAUUUCCGGCAUCAAAUGAAAAUGACUCUCAGGCAGAGACACCAGGGAAAAGUCAAAAGAAAAGGCAACUCAAACGUCGUAACACAUAUAAUGCGGAAAUGAUGGUUGAGGAAUUGGUACUUUCCGAGGAAACACAAAAAUGGGCAGAGAAUGUAAAAAGAAGAUUGUCAAGGAGAGUAAAGGGAAAAGAUAACACUGAAGAAGACCCUAUAAUUGGUACAAGAAUUGGUGUAGAUCAUGUUAAUUAUGUUCUUAUGUAUAAUAUGUUGACCGGAAUUAGAGUGGGGAGGGAAUUAAAUGAGGCAGAUUUCAGGGCAGCUCAUAAAUUGGCAUUCGAUAU